AAGUGGUUACAACAGUUCGAAUGGUAUGCAAUUGCUAUUCAACUCGAUAAAAAACCAGCCGAAGUCCAGGCAGCUACAUUUAUGGCAGUAAUAGGCCCAGACGCGAUCGAAAUCUACAACAGCUUCAAUCUUAGCGACGCAAAUAAAAAUAACCUCAAAAUUAUAAAAGAAAGGUUUGGGGAAUAUUUCACACCUAAAACAAAUAUAUCAUUCGAGAGGUACAUAUUUUUCAAGAUCGAACAAAACGAAGAUGAACACUUUAACGAAUUUUUAACCAGAAUAAAAACUCAAGCAAGCAAAUGUGAGUUUGACAAUUUACUUGACGAAAUGCUAAAAGACAAAAUAGUAUUUGGAAUUAGAUCAAAUCAGAUAAGAGAGAAAUUGUUGACAGAAGACAAACUAAACUUGACAAAAGCUAUAGCAAUAUGUAAAACUUGUGAAGAAGCCACAAAACAACUGGACGAGUUCGAAGGUAAAAAUAAAGUCUUAUCACUGAAAAACAAAAGUCUCAGAAAUAAGCAAAAUGAAUAUUUUGACUGCAAAAGAUGCGGUACAAACCAUAAAAGCAGAGAAUGCCCAGCUUUUAAUAAACCAUGUGCAAAAUGCAAUAAAAAUGGACAUUUUGCCAAGAUGUGCCAUACACAAAAAAAAUAUCAGAUUAAACAGAAAAAUAGAGUGAAUGCAGUAGAAGAAAGCUCAAUUAGUUCUGAAGAUGAGGUAUACAUAUCAGCUAUAAAUGCUGGCGGAAAUAAAGACUGGACAGAAAAGAUACAAGUUGGUAAUGUGCAAUUUACAGCCAAACUAGAUACAGGAGCACAAUGCAAUGUGUUACCGAGACACUUGAUAGACAAAAUAAAGGCAAAGCUAAAACCAAGCCGCACUAAAAAUUUAAUAAGCUACACUGAAGAUAGACUGGCAGUUUUGGGUGAAGUGGAGCUAUUGUGUACAAUCAAAAAUGAAGAAAGUAACAUUACAUUCAAAGUAGUACAAGAAAAAGUUAUACCAAUUCUAGGACUAGAUACCUGUGAAAAAUUGGAAUUAAUCGCUAGAGUCAAAACAUUGAAGGAAAGUGAAUGCGAAGAUGAUGUGUUCAACGGUUUAGGCUGUUAUAAAGAUUAUGAGUAUGAUAUUGAUCUUAUAGAGAACCCAAAACUCGAAAUCAUACCACCAAGACGUAUUCCACAUGCCAUAAGAGAUGAGGUGAAGCAAGAACUCGACAGAAUGGUGAAGUUAGAUGUCAUAAAGCCACAGAAGGAGCCUACUCCUGCGGGCACAUUGUUUCAGAAAAUGGACUAGAAGCAGACCCUGAAAAAGUAAAAGCCAUUCAAGAAAUAAAAACACCAACAAAUAAAACUGAGCUACAGAGACUACUAGGGAUGAUUACGUAUCUAAACAAAUUUAUUCAAAACAUGUCAGAAUUGACAGAUCCAUUAAGAGAUUUGCUACACAAGAAUACAAUCUUCACAUGGGAAGCCCAUCAAGAAGAAGCUCUGAACAAAAUAAAACAUGUUUUACAGAGUCCUCCAGUAUUGAAACUAUAUGAUGUUAACAAACCAGUAACACUAACUGUAGAUGCAAGUUCAAGAAACCUUGGAGCAGCACUUCUUCAAGAAGGACAACCAAUAGCCUAUGGUGCAAGAGCGCUGACUAAAACAGAACAGAAUUAUCCACAGAUUGAGAAAGAAGCACUUGCUAUACUGUUCGGAUGUAAGAAGUUUCAUGAAUAUGUAUAUGGCAAAGAACUGACAGUGGAAUCAGACCAUAAGCCACUUGAGACAAUCUUUAAAAAAAAUAUACAAUCUGCUCCAGCGAGACUGCAACGCAUAAUAUUCAAUCUUGCACCAUACUCGCCAAAGGUUAUAUUUAAAAAAGGAACAGAAAUACCCUUAGCAGAUCUCCUCAGUCGAGAUUGCGAUACAUCUAAUCUGAAAUAUGAACAAGAAGACAAUUUGAAAAUUGCAGUUAUACUACCUAUGUCAUUAAACGCUAAAGAAGAGUUAAUUACAGCUACUAAGGAAGAUCCACACUUACAGUUACUUCUAAAAACAAUAAUACAAGGAUUCCCAGAAAAAGUCAAUGAUCUGCCUACCGAACUACGACAUUAUUUUAACUUUAAAGAAGACUUAAGCUAUCUCAA